AUGGACGGUGAGAUCCUCCAGAACGGCACGGCCAACAUCCUCCCUAUCCCUCCUCCGACAGAAUUUCCCUUCCCAGAGACAAGUGCUGGAACAUCUGCAUCCUCUCAGCCCUUGGAGGGUUCUGAUCACCACCACAACAUCGUCAAGAGCAAGACCGAGCCUGUACUACAUCCUCAUACCCCGCAAACUCCUGGGCUAUCGAAAAUCUCGAGUCGGCCAAGGCCACGGCCCCCAAAGUCGCAAUUAUCUGAAAGACCAGUACCGGCUCAAAGAACUUCACGAUUCGGCAUAAAAAGAGCAAGGACAGAACACGCGCCUACUGCGUUGACGGAUGCAAUUGGUGGUCAUAGUACUGCUUCGGAUUCCUCGUCGGAUGACGAAGUGCCAGAGUUCAUCUCGCAACCAAGCCAACUGAGCGGCCAGGCACCACAGAAAGACCAGAAGAAGCACAUCGUCUUCAAAGGUAACAAAAAGCAGCAGAAUGCUGAGAAUAGAUAUAGCCGAUUUUCGGUAGGCAAUGACACAUACAACACGAGAGGCAAUGUCUCUAAAAGAGAUGGCAGGCUGAAAAUCGAUGUCAACGAGACGAGCAAUCGAGGAUAUUUGGCGAAUGCGCUUGGGGCAACAAUUAAACACCAUCUUACACGUCCAGAAGGAAAAGAUGAAGUCAAGCAUGAGCCUACGCAAGAUGUUCACAAGCCUGUCCUCGAAGUCAAACGCCGACGACCUGACUUCCAUGCACGCGUAUCCACAAGGGUCUCUACACUUUCUGGGAUAUCGUCCGAGACGAAGCCUGCUUUGAAACUCAAUAUCGUUAUCAUGGUCAUAGGAAGCAGAGGGGACAUACAGCCAUUCCUGAAGAUCGGUAAGCUGCUGAAGGAGGACUACGGGCACCGUGUGCGAAUAGCAACCCAUCCGGCAUUCAAGAAAUUUGUCGAGGAAGAUACAAAGCUAGAGUUCUUCUCGGUCGGAGGUGACCCUUCAGAGCUCAUGGCAUUCAUGGUAAAGAAUCCUGGCUUGAUACCUUCAGCAGCCACAGUAAGAGCAGGGGAGGUUGGUCGUAGACGCGAUGCAAUGUUCGAGAUGUUCCAAGGCUUCUGGCGAGCCUGUAUAAACGCCACGGACGACGAACCAAACAAGGCAAACCUGAAGAUGAUGGCCGAUAAGAAUCCUUUUGUUGCGGAUGCUAUAAUUGCGAAUCCUCCGUCCUUCGCCCACGUACAUUGCGCGGAGCGAUUAGAAAUACCACUACACUUAAUGUUUACUUUUCCUUACACGCCUACUCAAAAGUUUCCACAUCCUUUAGCGAAUAUCAAGAACAGUAAUGUCGAUGCAAAUUAUACUAAUUUUAUGUCAUACCCGCUGGUCGAGAUGAUGACAUGGCAGGGUCUCGGUGACCUGGUGAAUCGCUUUCGGGUCAAAACACUCGGGCUGGAGCCAGUCUCGACAUUGUGGGCACCAGGCCAGCUAUACCGCCAAAAGGUCCCAUACACCUACAUGUGGUCUCCAGGACUAGUACCAAAGCCAGAUGAUUGGGGUCCUGAGAUCGACGUCACCGGCUUCGUCUUCCUCGAUCUUGCCUCUUCAUUCAAGCCUCCGGAUACACUCGCAGACUUCCUUGCAGCGGGGGAACCGCCCGUUUACAUAGGUUUUGGCAGCAUAGUGGUGGACGACCCAGACAAAUUCACUGCCCUCAUCUUCGAAGCUGUUAAAAAGGCCGGUGUGAGAGCUCUGGUCAGUAAAGGUUGGGGAGGUCUUGGGGACGAAGGCAAUACACCCGACAAUAUCUACAUGCUCGAGAAUACGCCUCACGACUGGCUCUUUCCGCGCGUAAGCGCAGUCGUUCACCACGGCGGUGCCGGCACCACUGCGAUAGGUCUCAAAUGUGGAAAGCCGACUAUGAUCGUUCCUUUCUUCGGUGAUCAGCCGUUCUGGGGCUCGAUGGUCGGCAAGGCAGGCGCUGGAGCGUCAGAGCCUGUACCUUACAAGCGCUUGACAUCAGACGCUUUGGCAGAAGGCAUCACGCAAUGCCUUACAACUGGAGCAAAUGAGGCCGCCCAAGAGAUUGCCGAAUCUAUCGCCAAAGAAGGAGAUGGCGCAAAGAAUGCAGUGGAAUCAUUUGAACGCCAUCUACCUUCUACGGGUGAGCAUUCGAUGCGCUGUUCCGUCCUUCCAGACCGUGUCGCAGUGUGGCUGCUCAAGCAAUCUAAUCUCAAGCUAUCCACCCUGGCUGCUUACCUCCUAGUCAAUGACAAAAAGAUCAAAUGGGAAGACCUGAGGUUGAUAAAACAUCACGAAUGGACUGAUUUUGCAGGUCCAGGAGAGCCAGUGACCGGAGGCGGCGCGGCCAUUCUCAAUUCAAUGGGUGGUGCUGCGGUAGCUAUGGGCAGCGUGCCCGUCAAGUGGGCAAAGAGAAUCAGGAAGAGAGAGAAAAGGCAGAAACAGAGGCAAGAGUCAACAACAGCAACGAACAGUGGUGAAACUAGCACAAUUCAAUCAGUCAGCCAGCAAGACGAAUCCAGCAAGCCCAAUGGGGCUCUGCAGAACGAAGGACAGCAUGGGACUGAGGCAAAUCUUCCUGCUCCAAAUACUAUCACAAUGCAACAGCAAGAGCCUACGAAUACUCAUCUCGGCAAGCCAAGUAGAUUCCUCAAGCCUCCCAUUUCCAUCUCUCCAAACAAGCGAAAAAGCUGGCCAUCAGGCUCAUCCGCCACUUCUAAUGAUACCGUUGAAAACCUCGCGUGUGACCUCGCGGGAGACACGGGCACUGGCAUCAAAGAAGCAGGCGAAGCCUUAGCAAAAGUACCAAUGGACCUCUCCCUCGCCAUCGCCCAAGGCUUCCACAACGCCCCACGCCUUUACGGAGACGAAACAGUCCGCACCGCCCCCAAAGUCAACGGCAUCAAGUCCGGCCUUCGCGCCGCUGGAUUAGAAUUCACACUCGGUUUCUACGACGGCUUCACAGGUCUCUACCUACAGCCCUACAACGGCGCUCGACAAAAUGGCGCCAAGGGAUUUGUCCAGGGUGUCGGCAAAGGGCUGGGUGGUUUCGUGCUGAAGGAUAUCAGCGCUGUGAUAAGCCCAGUCGGGUACGCGAUGAAAGGCGUGCAUAAGGAGAUCGUCAAGGGAAGGGACCCGGUUGUGAAGGUUAGGAAAGCACGCAUUACGCAGGGGCAGAAGGAGUACGAGGGUAUGGGGCAAGAGAAGGAGGAGUUGAUGAUGGCGAGGGCGAAAGUGGACGCCGCGUGGAGGGUGGUUUGCGAGUUGAGAAGGGAGGAUGAGAUGAAGAAGCAGGAGGGCAUGAAAGGGAGGCUGGAGGUCGCGAGGGAGCAGAGGAAGAGGGGGAAGGAGGGGGGUUGGGCCAGUGUGGGGCAAGCGAGGAGGGGGUUGGAGAGGAAGAGGGAGGAACGGAGGGAUAGGGAGGACGGCGAGGGUGCUGGGGUUAGGGAGGGAAAUAUUGGGAAGGGAAUGGGAGAGGGUAUGGGAAGAAGGGGGAGUAGGUUGGUGAAAAUCAAGGGUGUUGGGAGGAAAGGUAGUUCGAGGAGGGGUGGGGGCAAGAAGCGGGGAUAUAGAGAGGGCGAGGCUGGGAAUGGUGCUGGGAAUGGGGGCGGGAAUGGGGGUGUUCGUGAGGCUGAAGGGGGUAACACUGGAUGGGACAGUACGCAGAGGAGACAUGAGAAGAAGGCAAGGGGCGAUGUGCUUGAUUUGAAGAAGUGCGGGAAGAAUGAUGGGCAUGCGACUGUGAAUGGCAAUGGGAAUGCGAGCGGGGGUGUGAGUGGGAAUGGAGGUUCGAAUGGGAAUGGCAAUGCUAUCGUAAGCUGCCAUGGUGUAUAG